AUGGAGGCGCCGUCGUCGGACCAGUACCGCUCCAGCUCCUCCUCGGCGGGGAGCCCCUCCGCCCCGGCCGGCGGCGCGGGCCGGCGCUACUACUUCCCGAGGCCGGGCCGGCCCGUCUCCUUCGAGGACUCGCCCGACUGGGGGGACGACAUCACCGUCGACGCCGCCGCCCACGCAGCGGACUCCUCCUCCUCCAUCCACCUCGCCUCCGCCUCCGCCUCCGCCGCCAGCAGCGCCUACCCGUCCCCGUCCACCUCCCUCCCGGGGCCCUCCGCGUCCGCGUCCGGCUCCGGAUUCCGGGAGCGCAAGGUGGCCGGCGCCGCGCUCGUCUGGAAGGAGCUCAGCGUCUCCGUCCGGGACGGCCGCCGCCCCGGCCGCGUCGUCAGGGGCUCCAGCGGCUACGCGCUGCCCGGCACGCUCACCGUCGUCAUGGGCCCCGCCCGCUCCGGCAAAUCCACCCUCCUCCGGGCCAUAGCAGGGAGGCUGCGCGGCGCCGAGCGGAUGUACGGCGACGUCUUCGUCAAUGGCGUCAAGUCACCCUUGCCAUAUGGAUCAUAUGGGUAUGUUGACCGGGACGAUGUGCUAAUCGAAUCUCUCACAGUACGGGAGAUGCUGUACUACUCAGCGCUCUUGCAGCUCCCGAGCGUCUUCUCUUCCAAUAAGUCAUUUGUGGAAGAUGCUAUCGCGGCCAUGUCGUUGGGUGACCAUGCUGACAAACUCAUUGGUGGACACUGCUUUACAAAGAGGCUUCCAACUGGCGAGAGGAGGCGGGUCAGCAUUGCAAGGGAGCUUGUGAUGAGGCCACAUGUUUUGUUCAUCGAUGAGCCUCUGUACCACCUCGACAGUGUUUCUGCACUCCUCUUGAUGGUAACACUGAAGAAACUUGCAAGCACAGGGUGCACAGUCAUCUUCACAAUGUAUCAAAGCAGCACGGAGGUUUUUGGACUUUUCGAUCGGAUUUGCUUGCUUUCAAAUGGGAAUACCCUCUUCUUUGGGGAAACAUUGGCUUGCCUGCAGCACUUCUCAAAUGCUGGGUUUCCAUGUCCAAUCAUGCAAAGUCCAUCUGACCACUUCUUGAGGGCAAUCAAUACCGACUUUGACAGAAUCAUAGCAAUGUGCAAGAAUCUGCAGGAUGAUCAAGGGGAUUUCUCAUCAGUGAGCAUGGACACUGCUGUGGCAAUCCGGACACUAGAAGCAACAUACAAAUCAUCGGCUGAAGCUGCCGCUGUUGAAUUGAUGAUUGCAAAAUUGAUUGAGAAGGAAGGUCCUUACUUGAAAAGUAAAGGCAGAGCCAGUGAUGCAGCGAGAAUUGGAAUUCUCACUUGGAGAUCAUUGCUAAUUAUGUCAAGAGACUGGAAGUACUUCUGGAGCAGGCUUGUCUUGUAUAUGCUUCUUGCUCUCUCAAUCGGCACCAUAUUUAUCGACAUUGGUCAUUCAUUAUCAUCUGUAGUGGUUAGGAUUUCUGCGAUAUUUGUGUUUGUUUCAUUUCUCGUCCUUUUAAGUGUUUGUGGUGUACCUGCGCAUAUUGAUGAGAUCAAGAUAUAUUCCCAUGAGGAUUCAAAUCGGCAUUCUGGGACAUUGGUUUUCCUACUAGGCCACUUCCUAUCCAGCAUCCCCUUCCUAUUUCUGGUGUCUAUUUCGUCGUCGUUGGUUUUCUACUUCCUGAUAGGCCUCAGGAAUGAGUUCAGCUUCCUUAUGUACUUUAUAAUCACCAUCUUUACGUGCCUGUUGGCUAACGAGGCACUUAUGAUGAUUGUUGCCUACAUCUGGCUUGAAACUUACAAGUGCACCUUAACCCUGAUUUGCUUAUAUGUUGUCAUGAUGCUGGUGGCUGGGUAUUUUCGGAUCCGAGACGCAAUACCAGUGGCCGUGUGGAACUAUCCGCUGUCCUACAUUUCGUUCCAUACAUACGCCGUCCAGGGCUUGGUCGAGAACGAGUAUGUCGAUACAUCAUUUGCAGUCGGGGCCACAAGGACAAUACCCGGCGUGCAGGCUGUCCGAGGCUCGUAUGGCAUUUCAUCAUCGGCAGGCGCCAAGUGGAUGAACCUCCUUGUUUUGCUCCUGAUGGCGAUCGGCUACCGGGUCGUCUUGUAUGUUUUGCUUCGUCUAGAUGUGAGGAGACAUGUGAGGCUUGGCAGGCGCUCUUGCUGGCCCAGCAUCCACACUAGUGCAGCUCCAAAGUGA